GAUGCGGUUGCUAUUGCCUACAAACUUUCCACAUAGUCGACUAGUACGUAACCUGACUCGCCCGCUGCCGUCAACUAUCUUGACCUGCUGUCUUGCGGCUGAUAACACAGCGUGCCUUUCCAUUUUUUUUCCCCAGCAAUUUGAGAUGUUCUCGGCGAUCAAACAUCAACUGUGUUACUAUGAGCUUCCAAAGUGGAGUCUGCGUACCUUGCAUAUACACGUAGGAAGUAUGCCUAUCUUUGCCAGACUUAGCAACGGAGCCAGCCCGGUUGCUUGUUGGACAAGAAAAAAUGCAACAACUUCACUGGCCAAUUCACCUCGUCCCGCUGUGUGA